UGUCGUCCUUCUUUGCAUGAAACAAAAACAUUGACAAUCAAUCUGUCACGUUGCCAAGGGAGUGUUGUCAUGUCCUUCGCGGGUUUAGCUUUUGACUCAAAAGAAAACAUUUAGAUGCCCUUGAUAUGAACGGAAAAAGUACCCACACAUGCAAUGCAGAUGAGAGAUGCUUUGGAUCACUAUAAAUGGGGCGAGAAAUUUGAUGAAACGCGUUUCGAAGAGGAGCAGCAUCACAGGAGACACAAGAUGCCAUCUGAGGUGGUGGUGUUCACCGUGGCAGCUGCCUUACUCAUGUUGGUAUUCGCGCUCCUGCAAACUUUCUUCAAAUCUGCAACAAGUAACGACUCUCAGUGUCCCAAAGGAAAGACUCCACCAGGCCCUGCAAGCAGUUUCCUUAUAGGCAACAUGAUGGAGUUAACUCACGACCAUCUGCCAAUUCACUUAACCCAACUCGCACAGCGCUACGGACGCAUCUACCAACUUAAAUGUGGAAACACUUGCAUGGUGGUUCUGAACAGCACUGAGGUCAUAAGAGAGGCUUUGGUGAAGAAAUGGUCAGAUUUUGCAGGGAGGCCCCUUUCAUUCACAGGAGAUGUCGUGUCUGGGGGAGGGCGCUCAAUUUCUCUGGGAGACUACAACAAUGAGUGGCGAGCCCAUCGCCGCCUGGUCCAUGGCGCUUUGCUGCGAUGCUGCCAUGAUUCGUUGCAUGGGUUGAUUGAAAAGCAAGGGUUGCAUCUCUGCAAGGUUCUGAAGGCUUAUCAAGGCAGUGCCGUUGAUCUCUCUAAUGAUUUCACAGUGGCAGCCAGUAACGUGAUCACCACGUUGACUUUUGGAAAGGAAUAUGACAAGAGUUCUUCAGAGCUGCAGGAAUUACACAAUUGUCUGAAUGAGAUUGUCGCUCUAUGGGGCUCCUGUUGGAUUUCCGCCCUGGACUCCUUCCCUUUGCUGAGAAGAUUACCCAAUCCUGUUUUCUCCCAUCUCAUGCAAGAGGUGACUAAGAGAGACAACAUCAUACGCAAACACCUCAAGGACUUCAAGUCACAAGACAACAAACCUGAAAGCAUCAUCUCACGCUACUUCCUCCAGGGACUUGAUACGAAGAAUGGAGUGCUGCUGACGGACAUUCAUGUUCACAUGGCCACUGUAGACCUGCUCAUUGGAGGAACGGAGACCACAGCGGCCUUGCUCAACUGGACUAUAGCAUUCCUCUUGCACCGACCAGAGGUCCAGAAUCAGGUGUAUGAGGAGCUGUGCACUGUACCAGAGGGUCACUAUCCCAAAUAUAGCGAGAGGCACAAACUUCCUGUCCUAACUGCGCUCAUCAACGAAGUGCUCCGACUCAGGCCUGUUGCUCCCCUGGCCGUACCGCACAGAGCCAUCCGAGACAGCAGUAUUGCAGGUUAUUACAUCCCCAAGAACACAGUGAUCAUCCCAAAUCUUUUUGGAGCUCAUCAUGAUCCUUCAGUCUGGACUGAGCCGGACAGCUUCAAACCAGGUAGAAUAUAUUUUUUGGAAAAUGAACGGAAUAAAUUAUAUUUCCUUCUACAGCAAACCUCACAAUUUUGUCUUUCAGAGCGUUUCCUGGAGGGAGGAGGGGCCUCCCCGAGAGCUCUGAUUCCCUUUGGAGGGGGGGCUCGUCUGUGUCUGGGGGAGUCAGUUGCCAAAAUUGAGCUUUUUCUCUUUACAGCCUAUUUGCUGAGAGAUUUUCACUUCUUUCCCACUGAUGCCUGUCUGCCCGACCUGAGGGGCGUUGCUAGUGUUGUACUCAAGGUCAAGGCAUACAAAGUUAUUGCAUGCCCACGACCUGUUCACGACAACUAAAGUCUUGAACUAUGUGGCUUUAAAUUGUGAAAUGUCCAACAAUUGAGGAUUGCUGCACACUUGCCGACGAUAACAGAUUGAACAAAUCAGCAUCCUUCACUUUUGAGGAUAUUUCUGUUUGUUUCUACUAUAACUAUUAUUGCAGUACAAUUAAAUGUGAUCAAUGCAAAUA